AUGGCUGAUGAAAUUGCAUCAGCAAUGGAGCAGGAAAUGGUGGAAGAACAGGCUAUAAAGUGCCCAAGGCCUUCAGCAAAGAGGCAAAGGAAAGGAUCUCCUGACGCCCGAGAAGAAACAGAUAAAGAACGUGUAGACGAUAGUCUUCUGCAAGAUGCACGUAGAAUCAAAGAAAACAUCAGGGUCUACAUGAACGCAACAGACAGGAACGUGAGUGCGAAGGUACAAAAGCACGUUAAUGGGAAAAUUCAGCAGUUAAUAGAUAUAAUGGAGACAAUAUAUGAUAAGAACUAUAAAAAAAAACGUUUUUAGUACAACGUGUGGUAAAGGACACAUUAG